UUCCGGCGUCCAGAGUCCUUUCGAGUCGCCGCCACACAUUCACAUUUAGUAGUUAGCAUCCGCCUCACUACUAUGUUCCCUGCUGUCUUCCGGCUCUCGACUACAGGCGCCCGAACCUUGGCGACCCGGUUCCGACCCGGACACACAGCUCCAUUAGCUUCCAGAUGUUACUCACAUGCCAAAGUGGAAACGGAUGAGGAGUUUGAUGCCCGCUGGGUAACCUACUUCAACAAGCCCGACAUUGACACUUGGGAACUCAAGAAAGGGAUGAACACUUUGAUUGGGUAUGACCUGGUACCCGAGGCCAAGAUCCUGGAUUCAGCUCUUCGGGCGUGCCGGAGACUCAAUGACUUGGCCAGUGCCAUCCGCAUCCUGGAGGCUGUCAAAGACAAAGCGGGCCCCCACAAAGACAUCUAUCCAUACUUGCUCCAGGAGCUGAAGCCCACGUUGGCGGAACUCGGCAUCUCCACGCCGGAGGAGCUUGGUAUUGAUAAGAUUUAGCAGGCAAAGGUGCUCGGAGAGAUGAACUCUCUUAAACUGUCUUCUGUCAAAAAUGUCCAUAGUGUUAAUUGAUCCCGUACUGUCCUGUUAUGUAAAAAGUGGUGGACCGAAUAAACAAAUGCUGUCAGAA